GUAGAGAAGACAUCCUGCAGGUCAAACAGAGCCACACAAAUAGCUUCCAGCCCAACCAGUUACUACCCAAACGUAUCGUUAUAUCAAUCUCGCUUAUGACAGGACUGCGCUAUGUCGAUCUGGGGCUCUGUCAGCUGGUUGCUCUGCAAGGCACUGCAAUGGGGCAGCAGCUUCGAGAUGCUGAGCCGUGGAACGGGGUCAUACUAUUUCGGCUUCAGACGGCUGGAGUCCUAGUAAAGUCGAUUAUAGAGAAGCAAGUCCCUGAUCUGCAAAGACUCCAUUUGCAUGGUGGUACGCAGAGCCUCCCAUCCCAGGCAGUAGCGGGGCAUUAUCCAAACCUUAAGAAACUCCAGAUCACACUGUCUCCGACUGGCUAUAGGAUGGAUGAGUUUGGGACCAUGAGCGCCAUAGCUGUCAGAAAGCCAAAGAGGAUUUCCAGGCGUUGAAAUGGCUACCUGUUGAGUGGUGGGUGAGUAAAUCUCUCCCGCUCCCCCCCUUUCCCUCUUGAAAGAGGAGGCCUGAAGUCACAUUACUCUUCAAGUGCUACCUUGCUUGCGUACUGCCAGAAUUCUAGGAUAGACCUGAGACCUGAAGAAUUGCCAAGCUAAGAGAAACAAA